UGUAACCGAACCUCGAGUGAAUCCAACGGAGCUUUGAAAAGCCGUGCUUCCGGGUUGUUCGGACCUGCAGAGGUUGUGCUGCGGUUUUCUCUUGGAUUCAGCACUAUGUGCAAUACGACGAGAGGCACCUGAACCUUUGUAUAAUAUAUAUUCUAAUGUGUGUGUGUGUGUGUAUAUAUAUACAUACCACUGUACAUAUUACAUGCAUACAUUUAGCUAAGACCCCGUUUAAAUACGCUGCAUCUCAUAAUAGAAGCAACUGCCAUUUCCCAGUGAUCGUUGGCUUUUACUAAUUGUUUUUCGUAAUUAGAUCAUUUAACCUAAUGUAGCCUAAGGGUGUUAAUGUGGAAAUAAACCUGUAUUCACGUGUGAAAUCCACAUCCAGUAUAGAUCUGAACAUUUUCUGGCCCAUCAUAUACAUCUUGGCAGUGAAAUCGUGUUAUGUGGUAUACAAUAGUUAUUAACCGGACUAUCAUUUCAAGUAAUGCUGCUGUUCAACGGAUGCUUUCUGAAUAAAGGAGUAAAAAUACAUACUGCUCAUAAAAAGUACCAUGAUGUAUAUAUAGAAAUAAUGCGAGGUUUUUAUGUUUGUUUCAUAUGUUGAUAUGUGUGAUUGCUUUUUGGAUUAGCGGUAACUUCAUAAUGCCUGUAGUUUCAAUUGAGCGAUUUUUAGAACCGCUGAGACAGUUCUAUGCUGUGAGUGCCAUUUGAAAAUUGUCCUCCUAUUUUAUUGGACGAAAUCCCACUAACACUGCAGCCAAUGGGUGAAUAGAGUGUUGCUAUAAGAGGGACACUCCUCGAUUCUGUGUUAUUCUUUUUUUCUUCCUCGUACAACUAGAGUGAAAAUGAGUGGACGGGAAAAAUUCUUUAAUUUUUCUCAAGAUUGGCAGAAUGAGUGGCCGAGGAAAAACUGGCGGGGGUUAACUCGGAUCACUGCAUUAACUGUAUCGUUGCGCUUAAGUUGGUUUACUGAGUGGAUUCGUGUGUUGAAAAAAGGGAGAAAACAAAAAGAAACAGCUAAAAUCUCCCCAGGCCGCGGCCGUAGCUACGGCUGCGGUCUGGCUGAGGAAAUAAAAAUAAAAUAACAAACAUGGCCUCCUAUGCCUCUCGGUUCGCCCAACACUGGGCGAGGUUAAAAUAUACCAGAGAAGGUGAGCCCCCUUCCCGUGAUCAGGUCGGGGAAAAGUUACUUUUCGCAUCAGGCGGCAUUAAUGUCAAGGAUGUAUAUUCUUUCAUUGCGUUGCCUAAUGGGAAAGAUUUUGAACUUUGUUUUUUCCACGAAGACGCCCUGAGGCGCUUCAUGGAGACGGCAUAUGCAAAAUCAAAUGAAGUCCCUUGGAGCAAUUGGACUAUCGAUUCUUCUAUAGCUAUAGAUACCAUCAAUGUUGUGGUAAAAUUUUGGACUGGCCGAGUGUCGGACCAUGAUAUUGAACUUUUUCUAAUGAGACAUGGCGAUAUCCUGCAGGCCCCUUACAAGCCUGUGGACCGUUUUGGAAUUUGGUACGGGGUUAGGAAAUACAAACUCCAGUUAAAAAAAGACGCGAAUGGUCAUCCCAUAACAUUACCUAAUUCCAUAUCUCUAGGCCCUUACAAUGGCCGUGUGAUUUAUUCUGGGCAGCGACAAACUUGCUUCGUCUGUGGUGCACCUGACCAUCAGGUAAAGGAGUGUACCCAGAUGAAGUGUUGGAAGUGUGGAGGAUUGGGUCACAAGGCCAAAGAUUGCAGCAAUGAUUCCCGGUGCAGCCUGUGUGGAGGAGUGGGGCACACUUAUUUUAAAUGUCCCCAUUCCUACAGCAAUAAAGCAAAAAACCAAAACCGAGCCAGAGCCGAGGACGAGCAGCAACCGCGUCAAAACCAGCAAGAGCCACAAGAGAGCGCCAGAGAACCGCAGACCGCAGCCCAACAGGAGCCACUGCCAGAUGGCAAUAACACUCAAUGCGCCACAACCAGGCAGCAGCUGCCAGAGAGUGGAGAGGAGCGCAGCUCUACCGCCCCGCUGCGGAGAGGGACACAGCCAGUCGCAGUAGGAAAGGACGAGGGGCGACUGGUGGUAGGCAGAGGCAGCUUCAUUUCCGUCCUGAGGCGACAAGAAGCUCCAGGAGGAGCCCAGCAGCAGGCAAAGCACACAAUACUGGAGGGAGAAAGAGUAACAUCCACCAUAGUCCAGCAACAGAGGCCGCCGGAUGUAGAGAGGGAGCUGAAGCUCCUGUGCGCUGCGGAAGUCAGCUUACCCUCCACGGAUGGAGGGUCACAUAGCCAGUCCUCCACCUCCUCCUCCUCCUCCUCUCCUAACUCCUCCGGGACCGGAGAGGGCAGUGGAGAGGAGGAUGAAGAUGACGGCGAAGUAUAUGACUCCGCCAGUGAAGAACCCGACUCUCCGGACAUCCAGGAGUUUAGUAGCGAACCCGCUACCAUACGAUUUUGUGCGGAGAAUAUAAUGCAUACACAGAUGCAAAUGGCCAAAUCACCACGCACGUCGACAAAGAAUGUUCCUGUAACUGGACAGCAAAUUCAAUUAAUGAUGGUCAGUGUCUUAAUUCUGAUGACUUGGAAUGCCCUAUUCUGCAAGAAGAAGUUGAGCUGGCUAUUUCACAGUUAAAUCUAAAAAAAAGCACCAGGUAAGGAUGGUUUGCCAGCAGAAUUUUAUGUGAAAUGUAAGAAGGAAAUCUCUGGUUUUUUAACCCAGGUCUUCAAUGAAGGCAUUUUAAAAGAGUAUAUGUAUGAUUCCUUUUAUGAAGGUAUAAUCACUUUAAUUUUCAAAAAAGGAGAUGAAUAUGAUAUUAACAACUGGAGACAAUUAACUUUAAUGAACUUGGACUAUAAGAUAUUUGCUAAGGUGCUAGUAAAUAGGUUGCAGGAUAGCCUGGAUCUGCUUAUAGAAAGAGAACAGACCUGUGCUGUAAAAGGAAGGUUAAUGUUUGAUAAUUUAUGUAUGCUAAGGGAAUGCAUUUCUAAUAUGGAAAAAGAAGAUGGUUUUUAUAUUAUUGCUUUAGAUCAGAAAAAAGCUUUCGAUUAUGUCUCAAGGGAAUAUUUAUUUGAAGUUCUGAAAAAAUAUGGAUUUCCGCAAAACUUUAUUAAAAUGGUUAGGUGUCUUUAUGCAAAAUCCUUAGUCCAAGUGAAUGUAAAUGGACAGCUGACAGAAUGUUUUGAAGUUCAUAGAGGGGUGAAGCAAGGAUGUCCACUAAGUGCUGCUCUAUAUGUGAUUUCAAUCAGCCCUUUGGUUAAAAUAAUUCAAAACGAUAAGCGAUUAGAAGGGAUAAAGGUUGGGAAUGAGAGAGUUAUCAUUUCAGCAUAUGCUGAUGAUAUUACUGUGUUUGUAAAAUCACAAACAGAAUUGGAUAUUAUAUAUGAGCAUUUUAAAAUUUACGAAAAAAUAUCCGGAGCAGUUUUAAACCAUCAUAAAUCAGAAGCUGUCUGGAUUGGUAAUUUAAGUAAACAGUUCCCUAUACACAUAGAUGUAAAAGAAGAAAUUAAGGUAUUAGGUAUCUAUAUUAGUAAUACUGAUUGUUGUGAAUCAAAUUGGCAAAAAAAAGAAAAAGAAGUCAAAGAUGAAGUUCUAAAGUGGUCUGGUAAAAACACAAGCUUUAGGUCUAGAAUAGGUAUAUGUAAUUUGUUAAUCCUGUCAAAAAUUUUCUUUUUAAGUUCAGUGUUUCCACCAACAGAAAAAUAUAUAACUAAGAUAAGUAAAGAGUGUUGUAAAUUAAUAUGGGGAACGAAUAGAGUCACUCGGAGAGAAUUGUUAUUUAAACCCAGAAAAUUAGGAGGAUUGGGAGCAAUAGACGUAAGUAUCAAAUUAAAAAUAGCAAUGUGUAAAAUUGUGGCAGGUGGAAUAAA